UAUGAUUAUUAAUUAAAGAGUGAGUGAAGCAGCAGGUGCUUUCUUUCUGUUCAUCAAAAACUUAUUACUUUUUUUCUUAAAAAGAAAAAACCAUAAAAGAGAUGAAAAGCACCUCACUCUCUGUCAGACAGUUGAAACCCUAGACGUUCCAUGUUCAUAUUCAUAGAUAUAGAUAGAUAGCUCAGAUAAUUAAACAAACAAACAAUACCAAAAAAAAAAAAAAAAGGAACAAUUUCAUCUCCCUCUCUCGCUGCUUCAAUUAGUAUUACUGUUAAUACAAUUUGAUGGCAUCUCCUCUUCACUUAUCCACAGCAUCCCCAUCUUCGCUCCCUUUUUCCCAUGGCUCUUCCAGUUUCAUAGUCAAGGAGCCUCGCUUCCCCCUCCGACACGCCGUCAGGUGUAAUCUGGUGGAACCGCUCAAAUUUGAGAACGGGAAGCCAAUGCCAUGCGUCCCUCUGCUUAGUCCUAUCGAACAAUCAUUCCCCAAUUUUAUAGCUUCAAAAACCCAUUUGGAGCCAAAAACCACUCCUAGAGCUUCCAAACAUGAUACCAGGCUCCGCAUUUUUUCUGGCACUGCCAAUCCUGCUCUCUCUCAGGAAAUUGCGUGCUACAUGGGUUUGGAGCUUGGAAAGAUUAAAAUCAAGCGUUUUGCUGACGGUGAAAUUUAUGUUCAAUUGCAAGAAAGUGUCAGAGGAUGCGAUGUUUUUCUCGUCCAACCUACUUGUCCUCCUGCAAAUGAGAAUCUUAUGGAGCUUCUCAUCAUGAUCGAUGCUUGCCGCAGGGCGUCUGCCAAAAAUAUUACUGCUGUCAUUCCAUAUUUUGGCUAUGCCAGGGCUGAUAGGAAGACUCAAGGGCGUGAAUCCAUUGCUGCCAAACUUGUUGCAAAUUUGAUAACUGAAGCCGGUGCAAAUCGUGUGCUCGCUUGUGAUCUUCAUUCUGGCCAGUCAAUGGGGUAUUUUGACAUUCCCGUGGAUCAUGUAUAUGGUCAGCCUGUGAUACUUGAUUACCUUGCUAGUAAGACUAUUUGUUCUGAUGACUUGGUGGUGGUCUCCCCUGAUGUUGGUGGCGUAGCUAGAGCACGUGCUUUUGCCAAGAAAUUAUCAGAUGCACCUCUUGCCAUUGUGGAUAAAAGGCGUCAUGGACACAAUGUUGCUGAGGUUAUGAACUUAAUAGGAGAUGUGAAGGGGAAGGUUGCAGUCAUGGUGGAUGACAUGAUUGAUACAGCUGGGACAAUUAGCAAAGGCGCAGCUUUAUUGCAUCAAGAGGGAGCAAGGGAGGUGUAUGCAUGCAGUACACAUGCUGUUUUCAGUCCUCCUGCCAUAGAGAGGUUAUCGAGUGGUCUAUUUCAAGAGGUGAUCAUAACCAAUACAAUACCAGUGGCAGAGCAGAACUAUUUUCCUCAACUCACAAUCUUGUCGGUAGCAAAUCUCCUGGGUGAGACUAUAUGGCGUGUUCAUGAUGACUGCUCUGGUGCCUUUGAACCCUAUUCAAGCUUGGGCAUUGACUGAUCAAAUUCAUAAGCAGUUGUUUUCCUCUCAGCUUCCUCUGCUGCCAAUCAUUAGCCGUCUUUGUGAAGUGUAAUCAAGUUAUAGAAAUUGAGACACUUGUUUUAUGUUUUUUGGGUAAUGUGUAGAGAGGAGCCGCCAGGCCAUGGCUAGAGCUGUUUGUGUGGGAGGUUGAAAGAACAUAAAGAGGGGUGCUGGGCAGGUUUUUUGAUAAUGAGAGUAGUGGUUGGUUGAGGCCUUUGGUAAGAAACUGUAGAUGAUGUAUGCUUAGUUUUGGUGGGGUGGGGGGAUCUCAAUGUCAAAAACCGAAUUCAUUGUUGGGAUGUAUGAUAAAAAGUUACUUCUUCGUGACACAAAAUGGUCAUCUUAUAAUCUUUCUGCUUGA